AUGGAACUAGGCUGCUACACAUUCAAGUACAGAAUCCGUACGGGCCGCUACACAUUCAAGUACAGAAUCCGUACGGGCCGCUACACAUUCAAGUACAGAAUCCAUACAGGCUGCUACACAUUCAAGUACAGAAUCCCUACAGGCUGCUACACAUUCAAGUACAGAAUCCGUACGGGCCGCUACACAUUCAAGUACAGAAUCCGUACGGGCCGCUACACAUUCAAGUACAGAAUCCCUACAGGCUGCUACACAUUCAAGUACAGAAUCCCUACAGGCUGCUACACAUUCAAGUACAGAAUCCGUACGGGCCGCUACACAUUCAAAAUCCGUACGGGCUGCUACUCAUUCAAGUACAGAAUCCCUACGGGCCGCUACACAUUCAAGUACAGAAUCCCUACGGGCCGCUACACAUUCAAGUACAGAAUCCGUACGGGCCGCUACACAUUUAAGUACAGAAUCCCUACAGGCUGCUACACAUUCAAGUACAGAAUCCCUACAGGCUGCUACACAUUCAAGUACAGAAUCCCUACGGGCAGCUACACAUUCAAGUACAGAAUCCGUACGGACCGCUACACAUUAAAGUACAGAAUCCCUACAGGCUGCUACACAUUCAAGUACAGAAUCCCUACGGGCCGCUACACAUUCAAGUACAGAAUCCCUACGGGCCGCUACACAUUCAAGUACAGAAUCCCUACGGGCCGCUACACACCCAAAAAGCCAGACCAGAUAAGGGGGGUCUUUGAUGCAUCUGCCAAGUUUGAAAACUUGUCCCUCAAUGAUGUUCUCCUUCAAGGCCCUGAUCUGAUCAACAUUUUGCUUGGUAUCCUUCUACGUUUUCGAAAAGACAAGAUAGCCAUCUGCGCAGACAUUCAGCAAAUGUUUUAUAACUUUCUGGUGAAAGAGGAAGAUCGUGACUUCCUCAGAUUCUUCUGGUACAAGGAAAAUGAUCCCAACAAAGAAAUUAUAGAGUAUAGAAUGCGGGUUCACGUAUUUGGGAACAAGCCUUCUCCUUCUGUUGCUAAUUUUGGCUUGCAGAAAACAGCCGCCAUUAGCGAGACGGAGUUUGGUAAGGAUGUUCAGGAAUUCAUUUCCCAGAAUUUCUAUGAUGACGAUGGUCUCGUUUCAUUACCCACUGUCGAGCAAACAGUAGACCUAAUGAAGCGAACACAGGCCGCUCUUUUACAAAAUGGAAAUUUGCGCCUACACAAAAUAGCGUCUAGUGAUGAAAGGGUUCUCAAAGCUUUCCCGCCAGAAGACCUUACUAAAGAUCUUUCUUGUCUGGACCUGUCCAAAGACGACUUGCCCACUCAAAGAAGUUUAGGUCUACUUUGGGUUCUCAAGUCAGAUUGUUUCACAUUCUCUGUCCCUGAUGUUGAAAGGCCUUUCACACAACGAGGAAUGCUUUCUGUUGUGAAUAGUUUGUAUGAUCCUCUAGGCUUUGUCGCUCCAGUCACCAUUGUGGGUAAAUUGCUGCUCAGGUCAAUGACGUCAGGAAACUGUAGUUGGGACGAACCAUUGCCUGAUGAAUAUUUUCAGAAAUGGCUUGAUUGGACUGAUUCUUUAAAGUCUCUGAAAGAUGUAUCGAUAUCUCGUGGUUAUUUUGGUCAUUCUUUAAGCCAGGCCUCAAACAACACUUUGCUCUUGUUCUCGGAUGCUUCAGAGAAAGCAAUUGCUUCAGUUGCUUAUUUGGUCAGUGAGACUGUUGAGAACAGUAAGACUCAAAUUGGGUUUGUUAUGGGUAAAACAAAGGUGGCUCCCACAAAAGGUCACACAAUUCCAAGACUGGAGUUGUGUGCUGCGGUUCUCUCCGCCGAGAUUGCAGAACAAGUUCUUGCUCAGCUCCAAGUUCAUGUCAACGAAGUUAGGUACUUUACAGACAGUAAAGUGGUUCUAGGUUACAUUUAUAACAGGAAAAGAAGGUUUUACACCUACGUAGCUAACAGAGUAGAAAGAAUUCUCAAUUCUUCAAAAUCCUCUCAGUGGUAUUACAUUGACACAAAACACAAUCCUGCGGAUAUUGGCUCCAGAGGUGCGUCUCCAAGUCAGAUGUCUGACUGUAUGUGGUUGAAGGGACCUCCCGAAAAGAUCUUUGUAAAAAUGAAUCAGUCUAGUGAGCAUUUCUGCUUGCAUAACCCAGAUCAAGACAAAGAAGUACGUCCAGAUGUCACAUGUAUGGCCACGAGGUCUAUGGAGGGACAUUCUAGUUUGGAUCCCAAGUAUCUCCAAAAGUUUUCCUCUUUCAGACGUCUGACCAAGACUGUAAGCAACUUGCAACAUGUCUGCAAGUCGUUAAACAAAUCGUGCGAGUGUGUUGGUUGGCAUCUCUGUCCAGAAGCCUCUUCAGCAGAAAAUGUUGAGAGCGCCCAGUGUUUGAUAUUCCGAACUUUCCAGAAGGAAUCAUACCCUAAAGAGAUAGACUGUCUGAAAGAAGGCAUUCCCAUUCCUGCAAGUAGUCCUCUUCUGUCUCUAAAUCCCUUCUUAGAUGAAAAGGGUGUUCUUAGAGUGGGAGGAAGGCUAAGAAACUCAAAAUUGCCAACCCCAGAAAGAAACCCUAUCAUCGUCCAUGGUAGAAGUUAUCUAACCUUGCUCUUGAUUCGUCACUUUCAUGAAAAAGUUUUGCACCAAGGUAGACAUUUCACAGAAGGCGCUGUUAGGGAAGGUGGAUUUUGGGUCACAGGUGGCAAGAAACAGGCUUCUUCCUAUAUCUAUAGUUGUGUUCUCUGUCGCAAACUCAGAUCAAAAAGUCAAACUCAGCUCAUGGCGGAUUUGCCCGCUGAUCGCCUCAUUCCAGCCCCUCCUUUCACGUAUGUAGGAGUAGAUGUAUUUGGUCCCUGGAAUGUGGUCACAAGGAAGACAAGAGGUGGUCAGUCCACCAAUAAACGGUGGGCAGUUUUAUUCACAUGUCUCACGAUAAGAGCUGUGCAUGUUGAAUUGGUGGAAGAAAUGUCUUCUUCCGCAUUCAUCAAUGCAUUGAGACGCUUCAUCUCUAUUCGUGGGAAUGUUUUACAAUUCAGGUCUGACCGGGGCACCAAUUUUGUGGGUGCCACAUCUGAUUUAGGGGUUGACGCUGUCAACAUAGAAGAUCAGCGUGUAAAGGGUCUCCUAGAGGAGAAAGGCACAACUUGGGUCUUCAAUCCUCCACAUGCUUCCCACAUGGGAGGUGUCUGGGAGCUUAUGAUUGGUGUAGUGAGAAGAGCCCUAGAUUCCAUACUCACCGGCCAUAAGCUUCAAAACCUCACUCAUGAUGUACUUGCUACUUUAAUGGCCGAGGUGUGUGCUAUUGUUAAUGCACGACCACUAGUGCCUGUGUCACAUGAUGCAGAAGCACCGGAAAUUCUGAGUCCUUCCAUGCUGUUGACCCAAAAGUCAUCCUCGCCUAUCUCUUUCAAUGAAAACUUGUCCAUCAAAGACAUUUACCGAGCCGAGUGGAAAAGGGUCCAGGUACUUGCAGACCAAUUCUGGGCUAGAUGGAAAUCAGAAUUUCUGAAUAUGCUUCAGAACAGGCAAAAGUGGGUCACUUCAAAACCAAAUCUCAAGGUUGGGGAUGUAGUUUUGCUCAAGGACAGUUCAACCACUAGAAAUCAGUGGCCUUUGGCAGUAGUUGUUGAGGUAUACUUUAGCACUGACGAAAAAGUCCGAACCGUUCAAGUGAGGUCUGUAAGUGAUGGAAAGUCGAGUUUGUUUGUUCGACCUAUUACAGAACUCGUUCUGCUUUUAAGCGAGUAG